UGUUUACCCACCACAACCACACACAUGGGCCGUAUCCUCGUAGCAUUCGGCGUCGACGUCGACGCAGUCGCCGGCUGGCUGGGCUCGUACGGCGGCGAGGACUCGCCGGCCGACAUCUCGCGGGGCCUGUUCGCCGGCGAGGUCGGCGUGCCACGCCUGCUCAAGCUGUUCACCAAGCACGGGAUCAAGACGUCGUGGUUCAUCCCCGGGCACAGCCUCGACACGUUCCCCGAGCAGCUUGCGGCGGUCCGCGACGCGGGGCACGAGAUCGGCCUGCACGGCUACUCGCACGAAAACCCCACGUCGCUCACCAUCGAGCAGCAGCGCGACAUCCUCAACCGCACUUGGGACCAGAUGGUCGCGUUUACGGGCAAGGCGCCGGAGGGCAGCGUUGCGCCGUGGUGGGAGGCGAGUGCGGAGGGGACCAAGUUGCUGCUUGACAAGGGGAUCCGGUAUGACCACUCGCUCCAGCACCGCGACUCGCAGGCAUACUUCGUGCGCAUCAACGACAGCUGGAAGAAGAUCGACUACGAGCAGCCGGCGGCCAGCUGGAUGGAACCCGUCAAGCGCGGGGAGGACACUGGCCUCGUCGAAAUCCCAGUCAACUGGGACCUGGACGACCUCCCGCCCAUGCUCUUUAUGAAGACGGCCGCCAACUCACAUGGGUUCGUCGACGCGCACGUGAUUGAGCAGAAGUGGAAAGACUGGUUCGAGUACCUGUAUGAGAAUGAGCGCGAGGAGGGGUUCAUCAUGCCGAUCACGAUCCACCCAGACGUUAGCGGGCGCCCGCACGUCCUCCAGAUGAUCGACCGCUUCAUCCGCUGGAUCAACACCCAUGACGGGGUCGAAUGGGUAACGUUCAAGGAGAUCGAGGCCGACUUUAGGGCGCGCCAUAAGCCUGCCCCGGGCGCGCUGAUGCCCAAGGGCGUGCUGUAGGGCGGCGGCGGGCGUGUUGCCUCAUAUGUAACUUGUAGCCCGAGUUGAGUGCCCGUGACAAUGAAUGCCAG